CCGGACGCCGGCGACCUGGUGCCCGUCAACUGCGCUGCCAGAGAAAGAUGAAAGACCUGAGGGAUAGGAUUGAAGAUGUUAGAUGGCUUUGUUCCUUAACAGAGUCUGAGAUUGAUUUAUUGAUAGGUCUGAAAGUGUUGAUACAACAACGUGCCAAAAAGAUUGGUCAUGAGUCUUUAGCAAACAAGUUUGAUUUGAAGACCCUCCGAGCCCUUACCGAGGGUCUUUCGGAAACAGCCUCUCUACUCCUUCGAGGUUUCAUUUUGAUGGAGAAUCUUAAAGGAAAACUUAAAGAUCUCUCCUGUAUACCUGGUACAGACGAGUCCUCAGCAAAUUUAGGUGCAUGUAAUCUGUUGAAUUAUGAUCUAGACAAGACUUUUGCCAAUAUGGAGAUUGAACAACUGAGCUCCUACAUUUGCAGUGAUAAGAGGAAGAGAAUUAUGGAGAUGUUUUCUGAAGACACAUCUCCAAAUAGAAAGCAGAGAGCUAACAGUGACAGCAGUAGAGAUUGAUAUAAAGUAGAUUAUGAGCUCUCCUAUGACCUAUCUAUCUUGCUUGAGAAAGCCUGUUGUAUGUAUAAUCAAAUUUUGAUGUGUGCUUCUUGAAGAGGGGAGGUACUUAUUUCCAUUUUUCCUGUCAUUUUUGAGCUGUUAAAGAUGGCUUUACUUUUGUAAUUUUAGUCUAAGAAAGUUGGUUUGGAGAAGAAUACAGGGGAUUUUCAUUUGUUUGCUUGAUGUUAACAUGAUUCUUAGACUAUUUAUGUAGCAAUGGAUAGUUAUGUUACGCACGUAAUUGUAUGCGGAAAUAAUAAUACAGGGCAUCUUUAUGAAAA